AUGUCUCGUCUCGAGGAGACCAAGACUGUCGGCGCCGUCGUCCACCAUGACGAUGUCGCCGAGGCCAACAAGCUCGGCGUCGCCGUUGACGAAGUCGUCGCCCAACGAAUCAGCGAGGAAGAUCUCAUGCGCAUCUCCGCCGAGUCCCUACAGUUCCGCUCCAUGACCGGCGUCCGCAUUGUCCUGAUCAUGGUGGUCAUGGGCUUCAACCAAGCCGGAUAUGGCGUCGACUGGGGCGUAAUCGGCGGUAUCAACUCGUUCGAAACAUGGCACGAGUACUUCAACUUUGGCAAUGCCGGUGUUGUUAUCGGCACCAUCAACGCCCUCAUGCUGAUUGGUAACUUCGUCGGUGCUCCAUUCCUGGCCCUCGCUGAUGUUAUCGGCCGUCGUGGCAUUAACUUCCUUGGCAACUUUAUCGUCAUCAUCGCGGCCCUACUCCAGGGUCUCUCACCCAACCUGGCUUGCUUCAUGGUAGGCCGAUUCCUUCUUGGAUUUGGUACUUCCCUGUGCUCGGCUCCUCAAUAUAUGGCUGAGAUCGCGCCUGUUCAUCUUCGCGGGCGCCUGGUCGGUAUCUUCGGUGCCUGCUUCCAGGUCGGUUCUCUCGCCAUGACUGGUGCCAUGAUGGGCUUCACCAAAUGGAACAGCAAUUGGCAGUGGCGCACUCCACUGAUCCUAGAGGCACUCUUUCCCUUCCUCGUCUGCUCGCUCAUCUACUUCUGGUGCCCCGAAUCGCCCCGUUAUCUCGUUCUCAAGAACAAGCCAGAGGAGGCCCGACGAGUGGUCGCCAAAUACAUGACCACAAACAACGACGUCGACUCGCCCAUCGUACCACUUGUCAUCCAGCAGAUCGAAGAAUCACUCGAGACUACUCGUGCCGGUGUCCGCGCCGCCUACGACUACCGUGUCUUCUUCACCAAGACCGUCCGCUACAGAACCCUAAUCCUAUGCAUCUACUCCAUCUUCCAGCAGUGGAACGGCGGCGGCGUCAUUGGCUACUACCUCUCUCCAGCGCUCAACACCGUCGGCAUCACCAAGUCUCUCGACCAGCUAGGCAUCAACCUGGGCCUGACCUGCGUGUACUUCGUUUUCACAGCCUUCGGCGCCUGGCUCAUCGACAUCUUCCGGAGACGUACCCUCAUCUUCGGUGGCCUGAUCUCGUUCGUCCUCAUCCAGACCGCCGUGACCAUCACCUCGUGGCAGUACGCGGAGCACGAGACCAAGGCCUCGGCCGUUCUGACCGUCGUCUGGUACUACAUCUUCCAGAUCUGCUCCGCCUCCAUGAUCGCCACCAUGCACAACCUGUACCCCGUCGAGAUCCUGUCCCUGCCCCUCCGAGCCAAGGGCAUGGGUUUCUACAAUGCCUUCCAGGGCGCCGCCGGCGUCGUCCAGACGUACGGCAUCAGCGUCGGCAUCCAGAAGGUCGGCUACAAGAUCUGGGUCAUCUACAUCGUGUACAACGCCGUGCAGCUGGUCAUUGCCUACUUCCUCUUCCCCGAGACGAGCAAGCUCAGUUUGGAGGAGAUCGAUAACAUCUUUGAGACGCCAGGUGCCGACCCCGUCAGGCUGUCCCUGAAGAUCUCUCGCGCUAAGAGGGAAAGGGCCAAGGCCGAGCGUGAGGGACUUGCCACUGCUAGCUAA